UAGGGUUUGUGUGGUGUGUGUGUCAUUUCUCAUGGAGUGGAAAACGUUUUUCAGGGAUCCCACUUUCUGGUGGGACAACAGGUUCAAGAAGAAAAACAAGUUCUUCUCAGAGUCCUACCCGGAUUUCAAACAUGUUUCUACCGGAGAGAGCCUGUGGAUCGCCAACAGGAAAACACCAACCUGGGUCUCUGCAAAAGUCGAGUCGCUCGCUGACCCAGCUGUAGGUAAGGCCACCACGGCCCGCUACAAAUCUCCACAUACCCCACCUGUAGCUGGUGAUGAACCGGUGAGUUUAGGGAGGCUGAUACACCUCGUGAGAGACUCAGCUGAGAGCAGAUCCCUUUCUUUGGGAAAACAAGCCCAUGAAGCUGUGCUCAAGAGUGAUGAGCACAAAAGCAACAUCUACUUGUUGACGGGAUUGAUCGAUAUGUACUGCAAGUGUGGCGAGCUUGAGGAGGCUCGCAAGAUUUUCGACUCCAUGGGAACCCGGAGUCUUGUGUCCUACAACACGAUCAUCCAGGGCUGCGGCUCGAACGGGCAAGCUGAACUUGCUCUGGAGUACUACUCUGCCCUGAGAGCUUGUACCACCACUGAUGCCUGCACCUACACCUGCGUCCUUGUUGCUUGCGGGAGUGUGAUGGCGAUCAAGCUCGGGAGGGAGAUUCACCAGCUGGCGAAGCAUAAAGGGCUGCUGAAAAACGAUCCAGUUCUGGGCUCCAGCCUGGUGACCUUCUACGGCAAAUGCGGCGAUGUUGAUUCUGCUCAGGAAGCAUUUGACGAGUGCCGAGCUCGGGACGACACGGGUCUCUGGAACUCUCUCAUACAGGCUUACACUCUCCAGGGCCGAUCGGUCGAGGCCUUGGAGCGUUUCUAUUCCAUGACUCAGGAGGAGGGCUGUAAAGCUAACGAUGUGAGUUUUGUUUCGGUGUUGAAAGCUUGCAGCCAUGGUGGUCUGGUCGGGAAAGGAAGGCAGCUUCUGGAUGAAAUGCCCAAGCAGUAUGGAGUCAAGCCACGUCUGGAGCAUUAUGUGUGCCUGAUCGAUAUGCUCGGGCGAGCUAACCUCCUCGACGAAGCUGUGAGAGUUCUCAGAGCCAUGCCUUUUGAACCGGAUGCAGUGGUUUGGACGUCCCUGCUAGGAGCCUGCCGGAAGUGGAAGAAUUAUACGAUCGGCAAACUCGCGUUUGAGCGUCUUGUGGAGAUGGAUCCCAAGAGCGGCACGCCCUACGCAUUGAUGGCCAAUAUAUUUGGAAACCUGGGGAUGCUCAGUGAAAGGGCUGCUGUUGUGGAGAGAAUGAGAGGUGAAGGCAGCUUCAGGGAGCCCGGGAGAAGCUGGUGGACGGAUGUUAGCUCAGGAAAAGUGCAUUCUUUUUCUGUCAGGGAUAGGAGUCACUCACAGAGCGACGAGAUUGCGGCCAAGCUCAAGCAAUUGUUGCUGAGAAUGAAGGAGGAGGGGUACGCGAGCGAUGUGAUCAACGUUCUAAAAGACAUACCCGAGGAAGAGAAAGAGGAUCACCUGUGCGGCCACAGUGAGAAGCUUGCGCUGGGGUGUGCUCUGGUGAACUCGCACCAGAAGGAGACCAUCAGAAUUGUGAAAAAUCUCCCAGUUUGUGACGGUUGCCAUGCGGCCACUGCUCUCAUCUCUAAGCUGGAAAAAAGGCUAAUCAUCUGCAAAGAUGCCAGUCGGGUUCAUGUGUUCCAGGAUGGCAGAUGUUCCUGUGACAACUGCUUUUGA